AUGCCUUUUCUUCGGGAUGUAGAAAUCACGGUGAACGUCAAGGAUGAGUUUGGUAUUGGCCUUGAAGGAAAUGUAGUCCGAGAGAUUGCCGACAACAGCCCCUUCAAAGACAAGAUGCCAUUGAACAGUGUGAUCAAGAAAAUCAACGGCAAUGAUGCAAAUCCGGAUAACAUCGACGAUUUAUUGCAGCCCGGUGACUUGAAGAUCGUCUUUGGACCAGAGGAAACUGUUGAAUUCAAUGCAAUUCCCCCAGAUCGUGAAAGACUUAUAAGUGGUGGACGUAAAGAAGGAUUCAGCUAUCACUACGUCGAGAUCAUUCUCAAAAAGGGUCUCAAAUUUGGGCUCGGCAUCAAGCACCAUCAGAACAAAGUUAUCGUCUCAAAGGUUGAUGAUGGUUCACUAUCGGCACUCCACUUAAGAGUCAACGACCGCAUUUUCGACAUCAAUGGCAUUCCCGUUUCCGACAAAGAUGUGACCCGAGAUUUACUGAUCAAGUCGCUGCAGAAAAACCACAAAGCCGAUAUGGUAAUCGAACGACCCGUCACCAAAGAGGCAGUAGAAUAUAUGGAAAAUGCGCUCGCUGCUUCCCAAAUGCAGCCUCCAUCAGUUGCCAUGAACUCGGACAUUCGAGAAAUCGUUGCAAAACAGCAAAAGCGCAUGGAAACUCAAAGAGCAAAACCGCGAGGAGGCGGAAUCUUGCGUACGCACAAUCAAGGCCGCGCUCGUGUUGCUUUCGAUAACAAGCAAAGAGAGGUGGUCAUCGCAAGCGAUAAUGAAGGCAAGGAAUUGAAGAAAGUCCAUCCCCCUGAACCCCGU